CGGAGAGCCGGGCGGCGCCCAGGAUCCGGCCCAGACGGCGCUCGCGGGCGUUAUUAACAAGCAGCGCAGGUGCCGGUGAGAACGCGCUCGCCGAAGCCGAGCCCCGGAGCCAUGGCCUUGAGCGAGCUGGCACUCUUCCGCUGGCUGCAGGAGAGCCGUCACUCGCGGAAGCUUAUCCUGUUCAUCGUGUUCCUCGCGCUGCUGCUGGACAACAUGCUGCUCACCGUCGUGGUCCCCAUCAUCCCAAGUUACUUGUACAGCAUCGAGCAUGAGAAAGAUGCUAUAGAAAUCCAGACUGCCAAGCCAGUGCUCAAAGCCUCCACCUUCGGCAGCUUCCAGAACAUCUUCUCCUAUUAUGACAACUCCACCGUGGUCGCCGGCAAUAGCACCGGCAGCCUUCAGGGGGCGCUGCUGCAUGAGGCCACCACGCAGCGCACAGUGACUAACAGGUCCACUGCCCCUUCCGACUGUCCCAGUGAAGACAAAGACCUCCUGAAUGAGAACGUGCAGGUCGGCCUAUUGUUUGCCUCGAAAGCCACCGUCCAGCUCCUCACCAACCCGUUCAUAGGACUGUUGACCAACAGGAUCGGCUAUCCCAUUCCAAUGUUCACGGGAUUCUGCAUCAUGUUUAUCUCAACAGUUAUGUUCGCCUUCUCCCGCAGUUACGCCUUCCUGCUGAUCGCCAGGUCCCUGCAGGGCAUCGGUUCCUCCUGCUCUUCUGUAGCUGGGAUGGGCAUGCUGGCCAGCGUGUACACAGAUGACGAGGAGAGAGGCAAUGCCAUGGGGAUUGCCCUGGGAGGCCUGGCCAUGGGGGUCUUAGUGGGCCCCCCCUUUGGGAGUGUGCUGUACGAGUUUGUGGGGAAGACAGCUCCGUUCCUGGUGCUGGCUGCCCUGGUGCUCUUGGAUGGAGCUAUUCAGCUCUUCGUGCUCCAGCCAUCCCGGGUGCAGCCAGAGAGCCAGAAGGGGACGCCGCUAACCACCCUGCUGAAGGACCCGUACAUCCUCAUCGCCGCAGGGUCCAUCUGCUUUGCAAACAUGGGGAUUGCCAUGCUGGAGCCAGCCCUGCCCAUCUGGAUGAUGGAGACCAUGUGUUCCCACAAGUGGCAGCUGGGCGUUGCUUUCUUACCAGCUAGUAUUUCUUAUCUCAUUGGAACCAAUAUUUUUGGGAUCCUUGCGCACAAGAUGGGGAGGUGGCUUUGUGCUCUUCUAGGAAUGAUAAUUGUUGGAUUCAGCAUUUUAUGUAUUCCUCUUGCAAAAAACAUUUAUGGACUCAUAGCUCCCAACUUUGGAGUUGGUUUUGCAAUUGGCAUGGUGGAUUCGUCAAUGAUGCCCAUCAUGGGCUACCUGGUUGACCUGCGGCACGUGUCCGUCUAUGGGAGCGUGUAUGCCAUUGCCGAUGUAGCAUUUUGUAUGGGAUAUGCUAUAGGUCCUUCCGCUGGUGGGGCUAUCGCAAAGUCAAUUGGAUUUCCAUGGCUCAUGACAAUUAUUGGAAUAAUUGAUAUUCUUUUUGCUCCUCUCUGCUUUUUUCUCCGAAGUCCACCUGCCAAGGAAGAAAAAAUGGCUAUCCUCAUGGAUCACAACUGCCCCAUUAAAACAAAAAUGUAUACUCAGAAUAAUAUCCAGUCGUAUCCGAUAGGUGAGGAUGAAGAAUCUGAAAGUGACUGAGACCCUCAGAAGUCAUCCAAGUAUCUAAUUGUAUAAAACAGUGUUUCCAGUGAAAUGACUCAUCCAGAACUGUCUUAGUGAUACCACUCAUCCCUGGUGAAAGAGUAAAACAACCAAAGGUUUUCUUUUCCAUGGUUAUGAUCGAUUGCCAACAGCCUUAUAAAGAAAAAGCAGCUUUUCUAGGGACUUCUGAACGUUGUUCACAUCAAUGUGAAAACAAAUUUUACAUGAAGAUGAAG